AUGGAAGGUCAAGAUGAACGCACAUUUUUGUGUGGUUAUCAACGAACACGCGGAUACGGCAGUUUAUCAAAUAUUCAUAUUUCCGCAAAAACUUAUCGUACAAUCAUUCAACAUCAGAUUAAGCCGAAUGAUACACUUCAAGGACUCGUUCUGAAAUACAACACUUCAAUGAGCGAAAUAAAACGAUUGAAUCGUCUUUGGUCGAAUGAAAGUCUCUACCUCAAGGAAUAUAUCGAGAUACCAAUCUAUGAUGAAAUUUUUGAGAAAAAUCAUGCAUCGGAUAGACCUAUAAGUGUGAAGAAAAACCGGUGCUAUGAAGAAUCUAAGAAAUCGCAAAAUAUCAACGAAGAAAGCCUACAAGACAUCUUCAGAAGAAUUGACAUGAAUAUCAGGAAGACAACGGAUACUGUACACAAGUUAACGGAGAAUUCGGCCUCUGAUUUUUUCGCUGGAAGUUUCAAAAUGGAACUUGCACGAAGUAAGCCGAACGGUGAACACUCAUUUGAUUGUCAUUCUUCGGGUUUUCAAAAUGAAGCUUAUCAAGACUAA